AAAUCCAAAACCGGAUGUAGUAGGGGGUUUCCGAGUGCUUUGAAGUGACACCGACACGACUACUAGCGUGACUGCUAACUGUAAAAAAGCGGAUCAAAAAGCACUUGAAAUGUUCUUGUUCUUGUGUUACUUUGGGAAAACAUAAAAUACCUCUGCUAAUUUUGAGUGUCUAAUGAGGAUUGAGGUUUAUUUUUAUUUUUGACGUGGACAGCGUUAAGCACUCGCAGGGAGGCGUGAGCCUGGACUACCCGUAGGGAUGGAUCCUCUGGGCGCUCGCUCCCAGUUUGUGGACAUCCAGACCCUCCCCACUUGGCAGGAGAUGCUGGGUGAGGACGGCGUGCAGAUGCCGCAGGACCCGAAUGACAGCCUGCUUCACCAGCAGUCCUUCACCUCGCCCUUCCCCUUCAGGCCGGACAUCAACCGCAAAAUCGUCCUCUUCACCGGCGACGUGGCGCUGUUGAGCUGCACCGCCAUCACCAACACCAGCAACGAGCUGCUGACUGACAAAAACGGCGUGUCGGAGCGCAUCCAUCAGCUGGCGGGGCCCGAGCUACGAGACGAGCUUCUCAAACUGAAAGGGUGCCGCACGGGCGAGGCCAAGCAGACCAAAGGCUUCAACCUGGCGGCGAGGUUCAUCAUCCACACGGUGGGGCCAAAGUACAAAGCCAAGUACAGGACGGCGGCGGAGAGCUCGCUGUUCAGCUGCUACAGGAACAUCCUGCAGCUGGCCACGGAGCAGUCCAUGGCGUCCGUCGGCCUCUGCGUGGUCAGCACGGCCAAACGAGGGUACCCGCUGGAGGACGCCACCCACAUAGCCUUCAGAACAGUACGCAGGUUCCUGGAGAAGCACGGAAGCAGCAUCGAGGCGGUGGUGUUCGCCGUUUCCGACUCAGAGGAGCCCGUGUACAAGAAGUUGCUCCCGCUGUACUACCCUCGCUCUGACGAGGAGGAGAGGGCGUGUCUGCCCCUCAUCCCGGCUGACAUCGGCAACUCUGAAGGAGAACCCGUCGUACCGGAGAGGCAGAUCCGCAUCGCAGAGAAACCAGGGAGCCUGGAAGAUGAUUCCGAGGACGACAACCUGGAGUCGGACCUGGGGCAGGUGGGCAACCACGCCUUCGCCCGCAUGGAGGGCGACGUGGACAAGCAACGCAAGCUGAUCCUGCAGGGCCACAUGUCGGAGGCGGCCGUGCAGAAGCAGCACCAGAGGAACUACAACCGAUGGCUGUGUCGAGCCAGAGCGGAGGACCUGUCAGACGUCGCCGCACUGAAAGCGUUGUAUCAGACAGGUGUGGAUACGCGUGGUCGGACAGUGAUGGUCGUGGUGGGAAGAAACAUUCCAGUGACCCUCAUCGACCUUGAGAAGGCCCUGCUGUACUUCAUCCACGUGAUGGACCACAUCGCGGUGAAGGAGUACGUGAUGGUGUACUUCCACACGCUGACGGGCGAACACAACCACCUGGACUCGGAUUUCCUCAAGAACCUCUACGACAUCGUGGACGCCAAGUUUAAGAAAAACCUGAAGGCCUUCUACUUUGUCCAUCCAACGUUUCGCUCCAAGGUGUCCACGUGGUUCUUCAGCACCUUCAGCGUGUCGGGCGUGAAGGAGAAGGUGCGCUACCUGGACAGCCUGCAGCAGCUCUUCACCUGCAUCAGGCCCGAGCAGAUCGACAUCCCGCCUUUCGUCCUGGAGUACGACGCCCGGCUCAACGGACCCUACCAGUCUUCCGGUCUGUGACGUUUUCUCGUGGAGAGACUUGACCUUCAGUCCGCUUGUAGCAGAUCCGCUACAAGUGUGGAUCCUGCAUCCCGGAGACUCCAACAUCCCAUAAUAUGACACGGUCGUCACGCUGGAAGAAGACAACGAUGCAACAUGACCGUCCGUCCCGUGUUAGCAUGUUAAAAUGUUAGCCGUUAGGGGUUCCCGCGUCUGGAUGGUCACAUGUAUUUCUUGGCACGGGAAAAUAAACAUUCCAGCCUCCA